AGCCACACGCCCUACAGAAAGCAGAAAAUCAUCCAAGGCGACACACACCACUGCUCUCCACUCGGCUCGCUCUGUCUGGAAGACCGUUUGCUAGAAAGUCCUCUUAGUCUCCUAUUCGUUACACAGAACCCCUACAUUCUUUCAGAAGCAGAAGAAUUCGCACUGAUACAAGAUGUUACCUGCUACCUUCAAGCUGUGUGCUGGCAUCUCCUACCGCCACACGAGGAACAUGACAGGCCUGAGGAAGAAUGCCAUGGUUGCCAUCCAGCAUGAGCUCAGCAGGCUGGCAGGACCCGGCCCCAGCCCCUGGAUCAACAGCGUCCGACGCAGGAGCUCUCUACUCGGCUCCCGUAUCGAGGAGGAGCGGGGCUACAGCGACGAGGAGGUGUGCUACAUGAAGCAGGGGGAGGAGGCACUGCAGAAGUCCAUCAGCAUCCUGAACCAUGAGGACGGCUGGACCACGGAGAUCAUCGCUGCUAACGGAGAUAAGGUUCUGAGUAAGGUUCUGCCCGAGCUGGGGAAAGUCUUCAAGCUGGAGGUGCUUCUGGAUGAGCCGUCUGACAGGCUAUACGGGGAGCUGGUGGGGAACAUGGAGGAGAUGGGCCAGUGGAACCCUAAUGUCAAGCAGGUCAAGAUCCUCCAGAAGAUCGGUCAGGACACCAUGGUGACCCAUGAGGUUUCCGCAGAGACGCCAGGUAACGUUGUGGGCCCGCGGGACUUUGUGAGUGUCCGCUGUGCCAAACGACGCGGCUCCACCUGCUUCCUGGCAGGCAUGUCCACCGAGCACCCCGGCAUGCCCCAGCAGAGGGGCGUCGUCAGGGCAGAGAAUGGGCCCACCUGUAUAGUCAUGAGGCCUAGUGCAGAGGACCCAAACAAGACCAAGUUCACCUGGUUGCUAAGUAUAGACUUAAAGGGGUGGAUCCCAAAGGCCAUCAUAAACAAAGUUCUCUCCCAGACACAGGUGGACUUUGCCAACCACCUGAGACAGAGGAUGGCAAGUAACGUUACCAUGGAGAUGGCACCUGCUUGCUGACACAGCUGGCCAAACUGAGUGUCUUGCCAAGCAACACAAACUGGCCAACAAAAAAAGGCCAACUAAAUGCCCUCACCCCAUCAUGUCAAUCACCACAGAGAAUAGCCACAGUACAUGCCAACAGUAACUCUGAGAUCUUAGGACCAUCUUAGAAUUUGUGUAAACACUGCUGUUACAUAACAGCCCUUGUGUUAUAAGACACCAAACCGAUUCACAAAUAUCUAGUGUGGCUUCCCAUUUUUAUACAGUACUUUAGCUUCCUUCAAUUCAUUGAUUUGAAAUGAUUAUAAAAGCAAAUCUUCCAACGUAGUGUUAGUUCAGUCAGCCUAUAUUGUAUGCCCUCUUGGUUGAAGGGGAGAAGAUUAGAGGAGGAUAGUAUUUUAGAUUACAGACGAAACCAUAUCUGUCCGAUUUAUUCCUGUCAAACAUGCCCUAACACUGGAGAUAUCAUUGUUCUUUGUAACCUCAAUGUAUAAUUUGCACUUUCAGUAAAGUAUUUAUUGUAACAGUGGCAUUCCAUUAGGGCGGGUAAGGAUGCUCACUAAGUGAAUAAAUGAUUGCAAUUAUGACAAUGGUA